AAUUGUUUUGUAUUAAUUGGUGUGAAGUCGUGUGCAUUAAUGAAAUCUGAUAAGAGUAUAAAAAUUGAAUAUAUAUAUGAUACUGCGAUAAUGCAGAUGAAUAACUGAUAUCAUUUCGGAUCAUGAUUCCUUUCCGGUGCCAUGAAUAGAAGCGGUAACACGAUAAUAUUGAGAUUCUAAAGGAAUUAACAUUUUUUUAUUCCUUUCUUAUGUAAUGUAAGCGCAUAAAGAAGUCAUUCAGAGUUCGAUUUCCUGCCUCACGCCAAAAUUCCAUAUAUCAUUUGCAAACGUUUAAUGCAUUUGUCAUUCACUGUGAUGAUUUUUGAGCAAGCUAAGAACCAAAGUUUGGAAAAAAGAAGAUAAUUUCAACUGCAAUGGCAGUGAAUUAUUCAUCAUCAGAACAUGGUAGAACUUUGAAAGAACAUCCCGAAACAAUGUUUCAAAAUGAUAGUGCAAAGAACAUGGAAAAGCUUGUUCAUGUUUUUUACGAGUUCCCACCAUUACUGAUGGCAAAGUUAAAUGAACAGAGAAAUUCCGCUUGCAUGUGUGAUGUCACAAUCAUUACGAAAGAUAGAAAAUCAUUUAGAGCUCACCGGGCGGUGCUUGCUGCGAGCAGUCGUUUCUUGGAAAGAGAAUUAUCCCUACUGCAUGAAGAAAAAUCUGAAGCGGUGAUCCAUUUAGGAAUGAUCUCUUCUGAGACCUUCAUAACCCUGUUGAACCUGAUGUACACAUCAAAGCUGUCGUUGAUGAAAGAUAACGCAGCGGACGUCCUUCUUGCGGCAGAAAUUCUUGGGCUUGAACUGGAGCAGGUCACAGCCUUAUGCCGUCAAUUUCUGCGGUCUCACAUCACCUCAAAAUCGGUAGCUCGUGGAACGGAAAGUGAUGAAUCAGUCAGCAACGUUUUGCGAGAUGAGAAUAAUAAUCACGAUAUAAGUUUUUACAAAGGAACCACCAACAGUUAUAAGAGAGGACAAAGUGAAGAGUCUUCAAGUGGGGUUUCAUCAUGUUCCAGCUUAGCAAACUUUACCAAGGAUGGGGAAGCUGAAGACAUGACUGUAUUCUGUCCAUCAUCUAGUUAUGCUGAUGAAAAACAGUCAGUGGUACCCAAACACCGACCAGUUAGUCUGUCAGAAACUCCCAGUUCGACUCCCAAAGAAAUUGAAGUAUCUCGUCCAGCAUCUGCUCCCACUUACACAGAAGAUAUUUCGAAGAGCAAUGAUUCGGAAGAUGAAAUAAUCGUGGACGAUUUACCGCAAGAUACAAAUAAUGUCGAUUUAUUUGAAAUUGCAACACCAUCUUCUGUCUUUUCAUAUGAUCAAAAAAAUUGUGUUAAUUCUACCAAUGCUGAACAAUCAACUCAAUCAUCUCAAUAUAAAAUCAAAAGCGAAGUUCAACUUUUGCCAGAAUACUAUCCACAAUUUCAAAAUGUCACUACUAAUAUGGCAUCUUCGGCCAACUAUGAUGAGAAAGCGAAAUAUUUUAAUGACGAUGCCAAGCACUCACAUCCUUCUCACUCAGAUGUUACAAACUCGAGUAAAUCUGAUGCCAGGUAUUGCUAUUCUCAAAGUACUCAGCAACAAGUGCCUUCUACACUUUUUCCAUUCGUUGCAUCCAACAGAAGAAGUUACGAAAACUCACUCAGAAGUAGUUCAGAGUAUGUUGAUUUGAAUUCACUCACGGUGCCAUCAAGAAAGAAAGCGAAAAAUGCUGAUCACACUUUGUCAUCUUCUUACCUAAAUUCACCAACUCUUCCAAUACAAGGCUCUUACCAAGAUCCAUCAUCAUUUUGGGCUUCCCUAUACAUGUUGAGAUCUCAAGCCUUGAAUCGAGUCAAUUUUUUUGGGGCAAAUUAUGGGCUUCCUACUUCUACAGCAAAAUCAGUAGGAACUGGAGACGAAGCACAAAAAAUAACUACCUUGGCUGGUAGCCCACCGCUUUAUCCAAGAAGACAUCUUCAGCAUUCAAAAUCAAUGGUCACACCAAAUGCUUUACUGUGUAGACUGUGCAGGUUGGAAUUCACAUCUGAAUGGGCCCUAUCAAUGCAUUAUAAUCUUUGUCAUCCAAUGAGCUUUUGCAGAUCACAGAAUCCGUCUUCUCUCACUUCACCAAAUAUUGAUGGAACAAAGAAUCAUGGAGAUCAAUCAUCACAUACUCCAUUUUCUACGAGACAAAUUCCGUUGAUGCGAAGUACUUCAACACCUGGAAAAAUUGAUACACAGUUACAUUCUGAGAACAAGGAAUCAAAUGCAGAAAUGAUUGGGUUAUCCGAUUACAAAUCUGCAGUGCAAACACCGGCUGUGCACAAAUGUUAUCACUGCAAGAAGGAAUUUGAUUCAAUCUUCCUGUUACGCAAACAUAGAUCUACAGAACAUAUGAAACGUCCUUUCAGAUGCCAUAGAUGUGAGUCAGCAUUUCCCAAUAAAGCAGGACUCAACGUGCAUCUUCGAUCCCAUACUGGUGAGCGUCCAUAUAGAUGCAAAGUCUGUAAUAAAGCUUUUACACAAUUGGGACACGUGCAGAGACAUCAAAAAGUUCACACUGGUGAAAAGCCAUAUGAAUGUCCUCUGUGCCAAGCUCGAGUGAGAGAUAAAGCAUCUAUGCAUUAUCACAUUCUUGCUCAUCGAGGUGUGAAACCAUUUCAAUGUGAUCAGUGUGAUGCUAGAUUUACCAAGAGAUCAAGUCUUGUGAAACAUAAAAAUGUUCACACUGGUUCUUUCUUGUACCAGUGUCCUCAGUGCAAAGCUAGUUUCCGAGAGAAGGCAAGUCUUAGCAGACAUGUACGUAGUCAGCACAAGGACCCUUGCUUCACUGUGUCAUCGGAUUUCGUGAACAACAGUGCAACUACGAUGGAAACAAGUCAAGUAUUGUCCCUCGACUUAUCUGCUAAACCUUCCACCGCUGUGAAUCUCUGUAUGGACAAUGCAAAUGAGAUUAGGGUGGCAUAAUUCACCCAUCUUUUAAUUGUUAUGUAAAAUUUAUAAAAAGACAUAAUUAAACUAUAAGUGCAAUACUAAUUAUGCAGUAAUAAUCAAGUUCACUUAACUAUUUUAUGUUUAUAUUUAAGUUGGUAAAUUGUGCAGUUAUAACUUCCUGGUACAAGCAAUUGCUUAUUGCAUGAGUGAUAUGCUUCAUCUUAUAUAAAGUUAUGUCCCAUUCAGUGAGUAUAAAAAAUAUAGACAGUUUAUUUAUUGACACCAUAUGUACAGAUAGACAUGCCCAACCAGUGGUCAAAAUUGGAGCAUUCUAUUUUUAUCAUUUUAUACAUCAUUAUAUAUAAUUGUAAUGUUUGAUAGUGUAAUACAGUUCAUUAUAUUAGUCACUAUAGUGUGACAAUGGAGGAUUGAUUGAAACAUGCCAUAUGCCAAACAUACCAAUGAAUGAACCAUCAAGUUGUAUUAAAAGGUAAUGAGGAAUAAACUAAUUGUAUAAAGCUUGAUCAUAACAUUGAGGCUUUUGUACUUCCUAAUUGACAUUACUUCCAAGGUUGAAACAUAGAAGUACUAUUUCAAUCCAGGACUGGUACACACUUCAUGUUAGAAUGAAAACCUUGUAAUGAUUGUCAUUUUUGAAUAGUAAGAUUAACUAUGACGGUUCGGAAUUGUUUCAUGUAUGCUAUACGAAAAUGUGCUUAUGCUAAUGAAAAACAAUUGUCUUCUUCAUCAUUUGCCUAUAAUUAAAAUGAACAUAUGACUAUCCAAAGAAAAUUUGUCCAUGGACCAAGGAGUGAUUUGAUCGUGAUUGACCGAAUAUUUCUAACCUAGAUUCGACUGUCUACUUUUUAACUUUGCAUUAAUCAUAUAUGAUGCUAUAAAUGCGAUUGUAACUGUAUAUUACAGACAGCAUAAAUUUUAAAGUUUACUACGGUACAAAGAAGGUGUAAUGUCGGUGCAUAUUGACACAGAUGCUCUAUUUUCUCUCACAUGUAUACUACCAUUUUGCUAAUGUGAAAUAUUACUGUAGGUACACCAAUAAUAAUCUGUUUUCUCAGUAUGAUAGAUAUUUGUCAAAUGCCUAUUUGCAUAUUCAUUCCUUUUAAUAUUCAGCAUUCCAUUAUUGUCAACAUUAAUAUUUUUCUUUUUAAUGUAAAGUUUUUAAUUUCAAAAUAUUCAGAAACAAAGAGUUCCAUUUGUUAUUAAUCUAUAAUGUUUAAAUAUAUCGAAAUUGUUCCUUUCAUUUCAUAUUUACUGUAUAUAUAUUUUCGAGUUGUAGUUAAUUUAAAGAUAUAUAUGAUGAUUUCGACUGAUUUAUUAUAAUUUGAUUUUACCUUGCAUUAAAGUAACGUUAAAGACUUUGGUAAAUAUUGAUAUCCACAGUUUGUAUAAAAUGCAUAUAUUGUACCCUUAGCUUCGUAUCCAUUGUGCAUUCAUUAUCUGUAUAAUGAGUUUCAAAAAUUCGCUAAUUGUAAAUUAUUUUGUACCUCAUACCAAACUAUAAGACGAAAAUAAAACCUCGAAAUUUCUAUUCAAAGUGUGAUGAAAUAUGUGAUAUUGAAUUGGUGUAUAUUAUACAUGGCUUGAAUUUAAUUUUCUCAUUGUUACUCAAAAUAUGUUGGUAAAAUGCCAAAACUGAUUCCAUUAAAAUUCACUACCUGCAUAAAUUCUGCCUAAUUGUGAUUUUUGUUUUUCUAUUUUUACUUUCGUUCCUCUUUUUGGAAUGUAUAUCUCGAGUGUAUACAGCAUAAAAUAAAUAUAUAA